GUAGUUUCGUACACUAUCAUUUUUGAAUCUUCAACUUAUUAUUCUAUAUCGUACUCAUCAUCCUGGUCCCAUCUAGUCUAGACUACUGUAAAACCUUCACUGUUAUCAUUCCACUACUCCAUAUAUACGUCUAAAUCCUUUUCAACACUUUGAUAAUCUGGUCUACUUUGAUCUCUUGGCAUAUUGACAUUAUUUGAGGUUUCUGUCACCAGAUUAUCUUCAAGUACCAGUCGACACCUAAGUUGUACACACAGAUAUCUACAAAAUACGAAAUACGAUAUCCUUUGUCCCACCAAAUCUCAGUUCUUACAGUAUCCCUAUCUUUGUGCAUACACGUGUGGAUGCAUUAAUUUCCCCUUUCACUUCCAGGUCUACUUUUUACCAUUAGUGAACUUUAUUAAUUAAUUUCCAUUUAUUCAACCAAAAACAUCUUUCUUGAUAAAUUUGGAAAACAGUCUGGUCCUGUCCUCUUUAAAUCCUACGACCAACUCAACAUUACCUACCUACCAUACCAACACUCCUUUAACAGAUGCCGUAGCUGAUUUUGGAAAUUCCUUGAUUCUUACUCUCCUAGAGUAUUCUACAAUUUCUCUAAUCGACCCCUCCGUUAUCUCGAGACCCUUACCUACGGCCCCUUAUCGAACAACUUUUAUCACAACCCUCACUCGUUAUAACUACGAUACAAUCGAGAAAUCGAAGUCCUUGGGGGAAAAGCUUGUAGUCUUCUCGAUUCUUUGCCCAACCUCACCAUGAGGCGUGGUACUCUUCUAUUCCUGGUCAUCAAUUUUAUAGUAAUUGGUUUCCUUGUAAAUGCCUUCAGCACCCUCAUAUCACUACUCUUCAUAGAUGGAGCUGCAGAUGCUAUUCACCGCUCCGAAAUACCUGCGCCAGGUUCCGAAUUGAUCGAGAAUCGCACACAGCUUAUCCCGAAGAUCAUUCAUCAGACAUAUAUCAAUGAGUCGAUUCCUGAGCGAUGGAAGGCAGGACAACAAUCGUGUAUUGAAUUGCAUGAUGAUUAUGAAUAUAAGUUAUGGACAGAUGAAGCUUCAAGAGCUUUCAUUGCAACGGAAUAUCCUUGGUUCCUCGAUACAUUCGACAGUUACCCCUUCCCAAUCCAACGCGCAGAUUCUAUCCGCUAUUUCGUAUUAGCACAUUACGGAGGCAUAUACAUCGAUCUCGACGACGGCUGUAAACGACGUCUCGAUCCCCUCCUCAGCUAUCCCGCCUGGUUGCGCAGAACAAUUCCCACCGGAAUCAGUAACGACGCCAUGGGAUCCGUGCCUCAACAUCCCUUCUUCCUCCGCGUCAUCGAAUCUCUCCAAGCAUAUAAUAGAAAUUGGGGCAUGCCAUACAUCACCGUCAUGUACAGCACCGGUCCGCUCUUCCUCUCAGUCCUCUGGAUCGAAUACAUGCGAACUGUUACCGACGAAGCAGGCCGCGUGCGUAAUCUCAUGCCAGAUGAAUACAACAAACACGCAUGGAGUUUCUUCAACAUCGUCAAAGGCAACAGCUGGCAUGGAAAAGACGCACAGACGAUCUUCUGGAUGGGCAAACAUUGGUUCUUGCUCACGGUCGCCGGUUUUGCCAUCGCGGGAGUUGUAGGUGGAUUUCUGUGGUUGGCGUGGAAUAUGUGGGUGGUGCGAUCGGGCAAAUCGUCGAGGAGGGGAAUGGCUCUUUGGAGAAGGGUCAGUGGGAAGGAUAGAUAUGAAUUGUUGGAUCGUUCGGUGUGAUUACAUACAUUUAUUGGGAUUCGGAUGGGACUAACAGGGUAUAUGUUAAGAUGAUAUGAUAUUUGUAAUUAUGGGAUAGGGUUUUCUGGAUAGACAAACGAGAAAGAUGUAGAUUGUAUAGGGAUAUUAAUGGAUGAAAUGAAUUAACGGAGAAUUUUUACACACAAAUCGUGCAUCUGGACUUUACUGAAUGGAUAUUACCAUGAGAUUUUGCAGGCGGAUGGGUCUAAGAAUCUGGCAAUUAGGGUGAAAUCAGUGUUGGUUUAUAUGAGA